AUCUAACUACCCUUGCGAUAGCUGGUAGCAAUCACGUUACAAACAUUGCAAUCCUUUGAUGAUUCUUUUUUGGGUCGACCAAUCUUUUGGUGAUAUAGAGAUCAUCGAUUUCAGUGUGAAAACUGAAACAGCUCUAACCAUUUCUCUAUUCGUGGUUGACAUCUUCCUCCUCUUCUUCUUCUCUUCUCUGUAUCUCUCACAAAUACAUGCACACAAAUACAAACCUAAGUCCAUAGCAUAAAGCGAAGGCUGAGUUGAGUGCAAGUCCCGCCUGCAUUCGACCGCGAUGGCUGCUUCCGAGGUGGCCGUUUCACUUGUGAUUGGCAAUUCGCUACACAUGCUCUCCGAGAGAGAAAUUCUCUCCCCUGGAUUACACGAUCAAAUCAAUACGGCUAUUAAUCAUCUCCAGAAAAUCUUGAUCGCCUCGAAGUUACCGGAAUCUGGCACCGACAACGACCAGCAAAGCAGCGACCACAGAUCUGGUCUCCUGUUUCGAGCUCGAGGUGCUGUGGACAUGGCCGAUAAGUUCCUCCUGGAAGCAUCACAGCACCUGAAGUCCCACAAGGGCCGCCUUGCAAAAAUUCGCGCAUUAGUUCACUUGAUCUCGCUCAGGAUACGUGUAUGCGCCACCAAAAAGAUAGCGCUUGAUUUCAUCACCAGAGUCGAGGAUUUGUCCUUUCAUCUGUCCCAAAUGCAAGAUCUGCCUCCUUGUGAUCUGCCUAACAUUGAUGACGAUGCUUCAUUGAGGAGUAUGCGAUGGAAUGGGAAGGUUGAGUCAGACAUUGUGGGCCGCGAAGAUGAAGCGCAAAAGCUCCUAGCUCAGUUGAUUGUGGAAGAUGGCGACCACAACGCGCUUCGUGUUGUUUCAGUGGUGGGAGGAGAAGCCAUCGGCAAGACAGCUCUUGUGAGGAGCGUGUACAAUAGACUCGAGGUAUACCAUAGAUUCCACUGUUGUGUCUGGGUUCAUAUUCCCGAAGAUAUCACCUGGAAAGAUCUCUUGGUGAAGAUACUGAAGCAAACACCUCUGCAAGAACUGAAGGAUCUAGAGCACAUAGAAGAAGAAAAACUCAAUGAGAUCCUUCACAAGUCCUUGAUGGAAUUGAGGUAUCUCAUCGUGUUUGACAAUUUGUGUAAGCCCGAGGACAUGGACGAGCUCAUGAUCCUCCUUGCAGACUCGAGGAAUGGAAGUAGAGUCAUUGUCACUACUCGGGAUCCUGAAAUUCCCGCACUUAUAGACCCGUGGGCUUCUCCUCUCAAAUUGAACGGAUUAGAUGCAGACCAGAGCAAGCGCUUACUGGGGGAAUGCGGCUCUGUUGCUGAAGAUCCGGGGCUCACAGCGAGGAUUCUGAGCAAGAGCAGUGGCUCUCCUCCGAGGAUUUUGCUGCUCGGAGGACUUGCGGCGAGCGAUCAUUCUUCUCCUGUCAUGGUGGACCAGCUCGCUGAGAAUCCUACGCUCCUUGAUAUCGUGUCCUUGAGCUACCACAAAUUGCCUUUCCUGGUCAAACCCUGUUUGUUUUACUUGUGCCUCUUUCCCAAAGACUCGGAGAUCUCGACAAGGAGGCUCUUCCGGCUAUGGCUCGCCGAAGGAUUGGUCCAACCCUUGGAACAUCCUACAGCCACAGGUGGCGAAGAGCAAGUGCUCAGGCCCACAGCCAUGGCGUGCUUCCAAGAAUUGGCUUGUCGAAACUUGGUUCAUGUGGUGAGGCGUAGGAAGCUCAGUGGAAAGCCUAAAUCGUGCCGCGUGCCUAGUUUCCUACACGAUUUCUUGUGCAAGAUGGCAACGCAACUCAGACUUCUUCAGAUCCAUUCUGACACCAAGUGCACUUAUCACAGCGAAGAAUCUAAGGUUGUUAAUGGCUGCUCAUGGAUUGUCAAGUAUCAAGAUAAUAAUUAUCACCAAGAAUCUCAGCAGCGUGCUGAGACAGAGGAUCAUCAGCAGGGCGACAUCCAACUCCAACACCUCCGUUCCUACGUAUCCUUCAAAACGCAGAAGCACGGGACUCGCUCGAGGGAAGUGGAAGAGUUGCUUCGGCCCUUGAUUUCAAAGGGAGACCCUGGUCUGCUCAGGGUGCUCGAUCUGGAGGGGGUUUACAAGCCGUUGCUCCCAGACGGACUUGGCAACGUACUGCUGAACUUGAGGUACUUGGGAUUGCGCUGGACGGUCCUCGAUUCGAUCCCUGAAUCGGUCGGGAACAUGUCCCGCCUCGAGACAUUGGAUCUUAAGCACACUAACAUUACGAAUUUGCCGAGUUCGAUUUGGAAAGUGAAGUCCCUCCAGCACCUGUACAUGAACGAGGUAUGCUUCGAUAAUUCCACCGGUGGUCGUAAACCGUCGCCAAAGUACUUGAGCAAUCUCCAAACCUUGUGGGGGUUAUACAUUGGAGCUGCUAAGAGUCCCAUGCUUGAUGUGCUUAGUAAAUUGACCAGGCUCAAGAAAUUGGGGCUGACGUGCAAUUCUCCAGUGGUGGGGAAAGCAACCGAGCGCAUUUUGAAGCUCACGAUGCUUGAAUCCCUCAAGCUGAGAUCCAGGGAUCUCUUCGGUCAGCCCUCGGAUCUCAACUUAAGCAACAUGACAGGACUCAACUCGCUUUCGGAAUUGUAUUUGCUGGGGAGCUUGCCUAAGCAAGACUGCUUGAAGCUCCUUCCUCAGAACCUGAAAAUCCUUACCUUGUCCAAGUCAGGACUAGCCGAUGAUCCGAUGCAGGUCCUAGGAGAGCUCAAGAGCUUGGAAAUUCUCAACUUAUUUGCAGGCUCUUAUACUGGGUCAGAAUUGGAUUGCGGCCCAGAUUCAUUCCCAAGGCUUCGCGUCCUCAAAUUGUGGACGUUGGAGGAAGUGGAAGUAGCUUCUGUACAUGAAACCGCUCUUUGUUGCCUGGAAGAGCUGGAGAUUAAGAACUGCGGAGGCCUAAUGUUUAUUGAAUCAUUGGUUCAUAUUGGAUCCCUGAAACAAAUUAGUUUGAUUAAAGUGAAGGAGGAAUUGGCGACCAACAUCAAAGAAGGAUUGACCCAAAAAGUAUACAUCAAAGAGAAACAAUUGCUGACCUUUUCUUCUUCCGCUCAGGCAACGCAGGAUGAUUGACGAAGAAUGGACGUGGAUUAGGAUUGAUCCUCUUUUCCAGCCAUUGUUGUAUUUACAUCCUUGGUCUUUAGCAAUGUGUCAUCGUGUAUUGCAAAUCAAAUUUGAUAUUUGAAGCGUUCCAAAUUCUAUAGUGGACACAUUCUAUGUAAAUUUCAUUUACGCAAGCUAUUUUAGAUGCAUGCUAUUUAUGAAUUUGAAUUCA